AUGCCUGCUGAAAAUACUUCAUUUGUGACUGCAUUUAUUCUUAUGGGGCUAACAGACUCACCAUAUCUUGAGCUCCUCCUGUUCUUCCUGUUUCUACUCAUGUAUGUGGUCACUGUGUUAGGAAAUUUGGGCUUGAUAACUCUAAUCCUGCUGAAUUCACACCUGCACACCCCCAUGUACUUUUUCCUCUUCAAUUUGUCCUUCAUAGACCUCUGUUAUUCUUCUGUGUUUACACCCAAAAUGCUGAUUAACUUCACAUCAAAGAGGAAUAUUAUCUCCUACAGGGGAUGCAUGACCCAGCUUUUCUUUUUCUGUGGUUUUGGUAUUUCUGAAGCUUAUGUGCUGACAUCAAUGGCCUACGAUCGCUAUGUGGCGAUCUGUAACCCACUCUUAUAUAAUGUUGCCAUGUCCCCUAAAGUGUGUUCCAUCCUUAUGUUUGGUUCAUAUUUGGUGUCAUUUUUGGAUGCAACGGCUCACACUGGAUGCAUGCUAAGACUGACCUUCUGUGAUGCAAACACCAUCAACCAUUAUUUGUGUGACAUUCUCCCUCUACUCCAGCUCUCCUGCACCAGCACUUAUGUGAAUGAGCUGGUGGUUUUCAUUGUCGUGGGUAUGAAUAUCAUUGUGCCCACUGUCACUAUCUUUGUCUCUUAUGGUUUCAUCCUGUCCAGCAUCUUGCGCAUCAGCUCUACUGAGGGCAGGUCCAAAGCCUUCAGCACGUGCAGUUCCCACAUAAUUGCUGUUUCUCUGUUCUUUGGAUCAGGUGCAUUUAUGUAUCUUAAACCAUCUUCUGCUGAGUCUAUGGACGAGGGAAAAAUCUCCUCUGUCUUUUAUACAAAUGCAGUUCCCAUGAUGAACCCUUUCAUUUACAGCUUGAGAAACAAGGACAUUAAACUUGCUGUGAGAAAAACUCUGAGUAGAAGAGUGAAUUGA